AAAUUCAUUAGAUUGCCAGAAAAAAAACAGAGAGGUCUUUCCACAGCUGAUGAAUUACAAGAUCAAACGUCAUUACGUGUGAGAGUAAGUUUGGUGUACAAGCAAGCGGAGCGACAAGACUCCUACAUUCUUCAAGAUAUCGAGUUUUGCACUCCCGUUAGUAGUUUAACAGUCAUCACCGGGCCAGUUGGUAGUGGGAAAUCUACUCUUCUAUCAGUGAUCGCUGGUGAAGUUCCAUGCACACACGGAGAAGUGUCCUGCCGAGGAACUUUAGCGUAUGUUCCGCAGACGGCUUGGGUAUUCUCUGGAACCAUACGAGACAACAUUUUGUUUGGUCUGUCAUACGAGGAGCAAAAGUACACCAGAGUUACUGAAGCUUGCGCUCCAGCUGACGACAUCCAGCAGUCUUCUAGCACCGAUCAAACAGGCGUCGGCGAGUGCGGUGUUGCUCUGAGUGGAGGCCAGCGGGCUAGGGUAAGUUUAGGACGCGCAGUGUACGCUGAUGCAGAUCUGUACGUUUUGGAUGAUCCUCUGAGUGCCGUAGACUUCAAAGUUGGACAACACAUAUUUGAAAAAUGUCUCAAAGAACUACUAGGAAAUAAAACUCGGAUGAUGGCCUCUCAUUACAAGGACCACAUGAAAGGUGCCGAUGAAGUGAUCGUGUUAUAUAAGGGCCGUGUGCUGGAAAGGGGAGGUUUCCUUGAGUUACAAGACAAAGGAAUCCUUAAUAACACUAUUGACCCACCCCACAAGAAGAUUUCAAAAGGAAGUUUAGGAGAGGAAUUUGCGAGAGAGAAAGAAAAUAAGGGUGUUGAAGCUGCUGGCAACUUGAUUGGAAUUGAAAAUCCAUCGAAAGAAACUAGGAGUCUUCUGACGCCACAAGAACAUCGAGAAAUCGAAGUAAUUUCUUCCAAGCUUUACUGA